AUGCAGUUCGACUACAUUCUUGCAGCCCUCGUUGGCAUGAUCGCCACUGGAGCAAUCGGCAGUCCAGUACCUGAGGCACAGCCUGAAGCUGAGCCUGAAGCUGUUCAGGCCCGCGCUGAGCAGGGAGCUCAGUUCAUUGGAAGCCCUUUGUUGUGGGGUGGUCGCGGCCGCUUUAACCGCAUCAACCGAUUCAAUCGCUUCCAAGACAACGACUUCAUCGAUGUCCUCAAGCGCGAUCCAGAGCCAGAGCCCGAGCCCCUCGAAGCCCGCGCUGAGCAAGGAGCCCAAUUCAUUGGAAGCCCUUUGUUGUGGGGUGGCCGCGGCGGCUUUGACCGAUUCAACCGAUUCAAUCGCUUCCAGGACAACGACUUUAUCGAUAUCCUUAAGCGUGAUGCAGACCCAGAGGCCCUCGAGGCCCGCGCCGAGCAGAACAAGCAGUUCUUCGGCAACCCAUGUGGCUUGCGAGGGUGCUUCGAUAACGACAUCGACUUCUUCCAGAACGACUUCCAAGAUAACGACUUCCUCGACAUCCUCAAGCGUGACGAGUCUGGUCUCCAGGCCCGCGCCGAGCAGGCUGAACAGGCUGAACAGGCCAAGCAGGGCGAACAGUUCUUCUAUCCUGGUGGCGGUCGUCGAUUCAACCGCUUCAACAACUUUAACCGCUUCAACCGCUUCGACAACUUCAAUCGCUUCAACCAACUCAACCGCUUUGGUGGCCAGUGGAACCCAAACCGCUUCUGGUAA